UCAAGGCCUACUCAACACGUGGCCGCUUUCAGCUGUACAAGGCAGGAUGACUUCUCGUCAACCUGCCGUACGGCUAUCGCAGAGGAGACUUCUUGGAGUUUUUGCACUCUUCAUUUGCCAUGUCUUGACUUUUGGCAAUGGCAAGCUGUUUGCCAUCCCGGCGAAAGCCGAUCACAGGCGCCCCCAACAGAGUGCUCGUGCAGUGGCAGCCACACUUUCAGAGGUGCCUGUGUCCAAUGCGCAGCUGUCCCAAGAAGAUGAGACUCGGCUGCGCAUGAACACUGGACUGCCCAGUAACAACUUCUACGCAGUGACGACCGAGGCUGACUUGGCUGAGCUCUUGGAUAAAGUCGCCAAGACCGGCCAACUGCUUGUGGUCGACUACUAUGCGCCAUGGUGCAGGGCAUGCCAGAAGCUGUUGCGUUACGUGCAGAAGAUCGCUCGCGACGAGAGAUUCAGCAAUGUGGAGUUCGCUUCUGUGGAUUUUGAGCGCGCUGGUGAUCUGUGUAGAAGUAGAAGUGUGGACAAGCUGCCAACCAUGGAGAUCUUUCGUGGCCAGGACUUGAAGCGGCGCUGGAGUGGUGCCAACACAAAGAGGUUUCUGGAGCGCCUAGAGGAUGAGAUGGAAGCAGUCCCCGAGGAAGCGGUGACGAGCUGAGAGGAUUCACCUGACGGACCCUUGACAGUUUCAGCGCCUGCGCGGGCCUAUAAUCGAGAUUCUGAUCGGGUACGCCAAUAUCGUGGCGUCGCCAAUGCGUCAAGUAGCAGCUUUUGAGGCAUCGCCAGCUUGCAAGCUGCAGCUGGAGAGCAUGCUAUUCAGUGAGAAAUAUUUAGGAGCGUUUUCGGGAUUCCCAGUGAAGUUUUGCGAUCCAGCUUCCAGAUUUGCGUAGCACCACUAUUGCUAGGCCUGCUAUCAAGCGGCAGAGCCUUAUUUCAGUUUGACAAGGGGGCAUCCUAGCGUCGAAAGGG